AUGAAUCCUGUCGACCUAACGCUUCACGACGAAGAUGAAAAGGAAAUAUAUUCGCCCCAUCUCGAGAGAGACACACCAGACUAUGCAAAACUGGAGUAUGAAAUGGAGUCUGACCGCGAAGACGUGGGCUUUGUUCCCGACCAAACAACAGAUACACGCUCCAGGUUUCCAAACCCACGGAGACCAAGUCCACCACGAGCACCAAGAAGCAUGCGUAAUUUACCUCCCCCUCCACCCUUCGACUCCUACGACUCUCGCUUCGGUGGCCCUAGGAGUAGGAUGCGACCACAUACGCUACCAGAAAAACCGGGCUUUGCAUCUAAUUUCCCUCCGCUAUCGUCGGCAAGUAUAUGGCCGACUCCUAUUCGGGAACGUGAUUCCAGCCGAUGGUCAGUACGAAGACCGGAAGAUAAAGCUCCAGGACGGCGAUACAAUGAACAUGCAAGAGCGCGUGACCGGCGAGAAAGUCGUCCUGUUGAGUGUUCCAACCGACAAACCCGUCGGACGUCCCCUCAACGUCGAAGAGUAGUAGAUGGACUACGCGAACGUGGUAGAAUCGCCGAUCUACCGUCACAGCCCUCGGGGAACCGCCGUCACUUUUCGCAUGUACAAAGUUCUCGCGUCGAACCAUUGGCACUGGUCAGUCCCGCAUUGGAUGUUGUGCGUGACGAUCUCGUUCGAGCUUCUGAGCAACAAGUGCCAGAAAAUCUUCAGGAUAUUGAUAUCAAUGACGUCCACGAACUCAUUGACACGUCGUGGACGACACCUCAGGUAGCCACACCAGAAGAGUCUCCUGCACCAGGCUUCUCUCAUUUAGGCGGUGAUUUUACUCGAAGGACUCCGCUUCUACGUGCCGAAACAAAUGUAUCUCCCUUGUUUGCAGCCACCCCAAGUCGCGCCCCGGAGGGAGAGUCGUCAGGCAGCGACGAAGAUACAGCGGACGAAAUGGAGAUGCGAAUUCCCCAACCUAGGCGAAGCGAAAACAGCAUGGAUGUGCUCACCGAGGCAGGCAGACUACUCACCUCGAUCAACGCAGAGGUUGCGCGGGGUGUGCUAUGGCCAGAGGAGUUCACUCCGGGGGUAACAUCCACCUCAUCGACUAGACCAGCGCGAAGAAUAUUGGCUCCGGGUUCCCGACCACAACCUCGAGCUCAAGUCGAAAUACCGCCGUCUCGGAGUCGACCGGCCCUCGACGCAUCUUCAAGACAGCAGAGCUCCAAAGCUGCCAAUAAGGGGAGUAAUAUUAGAUUCGAUGUAGCCAAAACUGUGGUGUUACCUCGGCCUGAAUAUGCUCGUGCGCGUCGUAUCCUGCGCAGCGAACGGGACAUCAUGGACGCGCGCGAUCCGUUGGUCUGGGUAUCGAUGCCUGGAGACGUCCAGUUUAUCGAUUCGAGUUCAAGAUCUCGAAUUGAAUCCUGGUCGUUGCCUGCACCUCAGCGCCUUCGUUCAUCCGAGGAGAGGAACUAUGUUGUCUCAGAUGCAUGCGUCCUGGGAGACUCGCGAGUUAUAAUUGUGCACGAGAGUGGACCAAACCCGGUUGCUAUUCUUACAUUGCCUGAGCAGCCAGAGGAUAUACCAAAGAGAUAUAAUAUAUCCAACAUUCUCGUGCCCACUGAUGGACUACAGCGGCGAGGUGGUAUUACUAGCGUAUGUGCUGUCAAUCAAUCACUCUUUGUCACUGGUGGAGUAGAUAAACGGGUGCUACUGUGGAAGGUCAGCAAACCUAGGACGCAGAAUGCACCAACUUCCACCCUCAAGCCGCUCAAUAUCACACACUCUACGGCUGUGCGCGCUUUGGCAUACGAAUCUCAGAAGAAAUGGCUCAUAUCUGCCGCUGGAUCUAAAAUUGCCAUCACCGACUUGAAAUCAGAGGGGGAGAUUGUACCAGCAAAGCGACAAAAGUGGGCAUCCAGCGAGGUCUUUAAUAUCCAUAUAAGCGAACAGAAUCGAGAUCUUAUCCUUCUAGAGACGGGUGAUUUGGACAAGCAGGUCCGAAUUUAUGACACGAGGAGCUUGCAAAAUGCAGAUAAUUCCCCUUUGGCUCUGAUUGGGACCACUGAAACUACGUCAAUCUCUCAGUUCUUACGCGGAGAUUGGAGCAACUCGCUGAUCGUGCGCCCUUCAGGCGGCAACAAGGUCAGGGUAUGGGACGUACGAUUCCCUAGUGAACCUUUAUGCGUGCACUCAGUUCCACACCCUGUCACACAUACAAUAUUCACUAAUGGAGGCAAGACGAUCGCAUCGACUGGCGGACACAUGGUCAGUUUCUUAGAUGCCCAAGCCUAA